AUGGCUUCCCAGACUCAGGACAUCCGCAAUGAUCCUUCCAAGAUUCAACUUGAACGCAUUGCCCAUGUGUAUUUCGAGCAUUCAGACCUUGACAAGUUCGAUGAAUUUGCCAAGGACUUUGGUCUGAUUCAAGUCUGCCGAGAUGCGAACCGGAUAUUUUACCGUGGCUUUGGAAAGGAUUCAUACUGUUACGUCGCUCGCCAGUCAUUGACUGGAGUACAAUCCUUCAGUGGCGGAGCAUUCGUUGCCCAGACGCAAUCUGAUUUCGACAAGGCCGCAGCUCUCGAGGGUGCUGUCGUCUCGGACCUGUCGUCCUUCCCAGGUGGUGGGCAUCAAGUCACGCUGAAAAGUCCCUCGGGCUUCCUGUUCCAUGUAGUGUACGGGCAACAAGAAAGAACUCCCGAUUAUUCCGCAUCAUCUACAUUGGUUGAAAGUCUCGGUCCUUUCAACGGAACCUUAGUGAAGAGGCGAUUUGGUCAGUUUCAAAGGUUUAAUCAUGGUCCCGCCAUGAUCCACAAGCUUGGUCAUUACGGCUUCAUAGUAGCCGACUGGGAAGAGGAAGUCCGAUGGUAUACAAGCAAUUUUAAUUUUGUUCCUUCUGAUGUGCAGUAUGACGGAGCAAGCGUAAGCCUUGAUGUUAUCGCCUUCUUCCAUCUAGACUUGGGAGAGCGCUUUUCUGAUCAUCAUUCGCUGUUCCUCUCGCGGGCUCCUCCAGGAGAGCACGAUCGAAUGCACCACUCAUCCUUUGAAGUGGAGGACUUUGACACCCAGCUUUUGGGGCACGACUGGUUAGCUAAGAAGGGUUACAAAUCCGUUUGGGGUGUGGGAAGACAUAUUCUGGGGUCUCAAAUCUUCGACUACUGGAGAGAUCCUAGUGGAUUCACUAUAGAGCAUUAUGCGGAUGGCGACCUUGUUAAUGUUUCCAUAAAGACAAAGCGGACCCAGGCAGGCCCAUUAUCUGUAUGGGGCCCUGAGUUCCCUUCGGAUAUGACGGAGGAUGGGACGAGAGCCACAGCUGCUUGA